AUGCCCCUCUGCGACCUCUGCAGAUCCAUCGCAUGGGGAGAUCUCCCGCCCUUCCCGAAUGAAAACUUCAUGAAGACGUUGAGCGGCUACCCGCGAUUUCAUCACUUAGUGUUGAAGAGCCAGUUGGUUGAGAAAGAUACACCCAUCAAAAGAUUCGGCGUCCAGUACCAUGCCAGCCUGCAGAGUCUCCGCCAAGCGGCCUCUGGCGGUUGCGAGCUGUGUCAGGUCAUCGAGACAGAAGCCGAUGCACUAAUAGAGGAGAUCGCAGGCCUUCCCCAGCCAAGACGUGGUCUGAUGCAGACCGAGCCCAGCUGGGACAUGUGGCUGACGAAGCGAUCGGAGCCUGAAGUCUCCGGUGAUGGGUUCUGGGUUGUGAAUAGAAGCUCUUGGGGGAGUGACAAGUGGCUCGUCCCGAUUGCAUCCAUUGGCUUCAGUUCUGAUGAAGAUGAUCCUCGCACCACCGGGUCUUCUGAUCGCGUGUUGAGAGAAGUUCCGGACGAGACGACACUCCGCCAAGCUGUUGACUGGCUUGAGAAAUGCAACGAACAUGACGAACAAAUGUACUGGGAAUGUCUCGAGGGUUUCCAGGCCGAAGAAGGUCUCAAACUCCCACACCGACUACCCUGCGUCAAUCCCGACCCAGAAGUAAUCGCCCGUGUAGAAAAGCGCGCCGGGGAGCAGGCAGAGCUAUACAAAGACUUCAACCGCUCUACAACCUCUCUCAAGGCUUGGUCCCAUCUCUUGUGCGAGUACGGACCUAGAGAGUUAACGAAUCCUGCCGAUAAACUGCCAGCAUUCUCCGGCGUGGCGAAAACCUUCAGCAUGAUACUCAACGACGAGUAUCUAGCAGGAUUGUGGCGAGGCUCCUUGAUCGAGGGGUUGUGUUGGCAGCCACUAAGCUGUAAGCCUGCUUCGGGAGGCUAUCGCGCUCCGUCGUGGUCCUGGGCCUCUGUCGAUGGUACUCCUGCGACGGGAUUUUUGGGUGAGAGUAUACCUCAUGCCGAAAUCAUUGAGGCAAAGGUCGAAAUUGAUGGCGAAAAUCCAUUUGGUCGUGUCAAAGACGGCUGGAUAAAGCUCGAGGCUCCGCUUGUUAAGAUGGUCGUGUCCGAAAACAAGGGCCCGACAGGACACAUCCUCCUGAGGACCGAGAAGGGCGCGACUGACUUCUACGCAAUUCUGGAUACGAUCGACCGGGACUACGCUGCUAGCGGAAGUCUCCUCAGGUCAAUGGAUCUGAGUGCUGUCGUUCUGGCUUUCACCUAUGGCACUCCUUUCAAAGCCGAUCCGGAGCGGAAGGAUCCCUGUGCUCAAGCGCUACUUGUGGUCCCUUCGGGAGAUCAAUCGGGUUGUAUGAGGAGAAUUGGGAUGCUCGUCCAGGACGGAGCAGCCUUUGGUGCAGAUCUACUGGCUUCCACAAAGUCCGUUGUCACCUUGGUAUGA